CGAGGACCUGCCUACCCUCCCAUCAUCAGCCAUGGCGACCGCGACGAGGAGGCUGCUCCCGACGCUCCUCAGAACCCUAGCCGGCACCGGCCACGCCGGCGCGGCGCGGGGCCUCGCAACAGAGAAGGCGGUCGGCGCUGCGGCCGUCGUCGGCAGUCACACCGCCAAGUGGAUGCAGGACACAAGCAAGAAAUCUCCAAUGGAACUGAUCAAUGAGGUGCCACCGAUCAAGGUUGAAGGGCGGAUUGUUUGUUGUGAAGGAGAUAAAAACCCUGCCCUUGGCCAUCCAAUUGAGUAUAUCUGCCUUGAUCUGGAUGCACCUGCCGUGUGCAAAUACUGUGGCCUUCGCUAUGUUCAAGACCACCAUCACUAAGUAGAGAAGAUACUGUACUUUAUCACAGCAGAAAUUUGGAAGUUGUUGCGUGCUUAUUUGGUUCACAAUGUCUGCCAGUGUAUUGUGUAUGACGCUUGAUGGCAGAAUGUUAUCUGUGACUGUCAUCCUACUUGGUAUGACAUAAUAAUGUUGCAUUAAAUUUGGGUUGAUUUUCUAUAGACGCCAUUUUGUCUCAUUUCCCGAAAAACAGCGCACAUUCUGUAUUAAACUUUCCGCUCUGUGGAUGAACAUGUUUCAGCUGGAGCAUGAAAUUGAUCUCGAAAGAUGUUGUCUCUA